GCAUGCCUUUCGCAUUCAUGGAUAAAAAACCCACUGGAGUUAAGUUGCACAGGACGCAGGGAAAGUUUUCCGCAGACAAAUGUUCGGCGCUCUCCAUUCGCUGCAGGACCGAGUACAUGUAGAAAUACCCGAGAAGUGAGCUGCGGGAGGGCUGCACACCCGGAACGAGCACAAGGACACUGAAGAGGCGCUUCACUGAGGGAAUAGAGGAAGAGGAGAGGAAGGGGGAGAGAGAGCGAGAGAGAGAGACUGAGAUAGAGAUCCUAUCUCACUCUCCCAGUUGAGAUCUUCAGCGGAUCGCGUCCAGCAUCUCGCAACUGGUAAGAAGGGGCAUUUUUUGUUUUUGUUUUUGUUUUUUGUUUUUUACGCAGCGUAAAAGUGGGGAGAGUUUCUGGAAAAAGUCAGGUGUGGCUGAUUGGUUGCUCUUAGGAAACUCACAGCAAGACAAUGUCUAGUAAAGCGACUUUAGCAUUACUCAUCUAUGGAAUCAUAAUGCAUUACAGCGUCAACUGCUCACCUGUGGGUCUUAGCUUUCCCAGUGUUAGACUUGACAGUGAGGUUUAUGAUGAGGAUGGAAACUCCUUCCCGUCCUUGGAUUAUGACAGAGACCAAAUGGAUGUGAGAAGCGCUCCGUCUGUCGCGGACGACGUCUACACUUUGUACUACCCACCGGAGAAAAGAACGGAAAGGCAUGCAGACGGCAUGUUUAAUAAAGCCUACAGGAAAGCGCUGGGUCAGUUAUCAGCAAGGAAAUACCUUCAUUCUCUGAUGGCAAAACGUGUAGGCGGGGGGAAAGCCCUGGACGACAGCUCAGAGCCCCUCUCCAAGCGACACUCAGACGGGAUCUUCACAGACAGCUACAGCCGCUACCGAAAGCAAAUGGCAGUCAAGAAAUACCUGGCAGCAGUCCUGGGGAAAAGCCUUGAAGACAUAGGUUUUCACCAAAUCCUACAAGACAUAGACUUUGAUGCCCUCCCGGACGGGGAUGAGUUUGAGGCUUUUUUGGGAGACUGGCUGAAACAGUUUUCUCCCGAAUUUCCGGUGAGUUUCAGGCUCUUUCCUGAGGCCGUGUCCUCGCAGGGGGGCUUCUCAUGUCUCCCUUUUUCUUCUCACCUUCAACUCUUGUGAUCCAAACACUCAAACCCCAACUUCUUCUUCUUCUUCCACCUCAUUCGUGCUCCUGUCUCUCGAGAGUCUCACAGAUUUGAACCUUUAGCUCCACCUGUAUCACAUGCAGCCUGAAUGUGGGGGAGGAUAAUAUGUUUACAUAUCAUUACAGACUGAUUGAUUUUAGUCGAUCUGGGUUAAACCAGAUGUGAGCCCUGUUGGUUGGCUUUAAAACAUCCAAAAUGCCACUUUUUUAGUUAAGUUCUAGUCAAAUAGACUAAAUCUGAGAUGAAGACCAGAGUACUUCUGAGGUUUUUCUUGCCCUUUUUUCUUCUGCAGUGUUUACAAAGUGAGCUUACACCUUUGACUCAUGUAAAAGUGCCAAUCCUGUGUUUCUAUCAACUGGAUUCUGUGUUUGGAAACCUCUUAUCCUGCUGAAGGCUUUCUCACGUCUCUCUCCGCCCAUAUAAUAAGUAUCACUCACAUCUCAAGCACCAUCAGGCAAAACUUAAGAAAAAAAAUGACAAAAAAAGAAAUGAUACUUGUUACAUGGUGACUUAUCCAUCAGUUUGUUCUUUGUGAGAGACAUUCGAGGCAGUUUCUGGGUCUAUUGUGCUUCCCUUUUCUGUCAUGUGAACCAAUGUAAAAAAAAAAACAAAAAAAAAAAACUACAGUAGAUUGCAUGAUUAAAGUAAUUGCACUAAAGCCACCGCAUCUGUGCAGACGACUCCAACUAGAUGGUUCUGCUUGCUUUCUGAGUACUACAAACAUGCAUUAUCUGUCAUCUCUGGAUGUUGUUUUGUGCUCUUGUUCUCCUCACUUACAUUUCUACACGAGCUGUAUGUUAAACCUUGUCCUCCAUUGGAGAGUCACUCUGAAUGUACUUUACUGCUGGCAAGAAUUUCUCAGUCUAAUGUCAUGAUUUAUAGGUUCUGUUACUCAGACAAGUGGAGAGCUCUUUUUUUUGUAAUUUACUGUUAAAUUGUGUUUGAAGAAAAAGCUGUGGAUGAUUAAAGUGGUCAUUUUUUAUUAUCUUUACCUGCAAGUUUGGCACAAAAGCUGCCAAGAAUGAUUACAGUUAAAGAGGAAGGUUAAGAUGUAAGAACACAAGGAGAAAGCACAGUUAGAAAGAUGCCAAAUAAGAGAAGCAGAAGUGGGCCACAUGAUAAUGAACAUUCUGAUUUAGAAAGGUUAGACGAGGCUAAAUUCAUAGAACAAACACAAUCAAAGCAAAAACAUUUUGGUUCCCCAGUUUUGCACAAUUUUGUGAGGGAGGAAUACAGAUUUUGAGGAUUUUAGUUUUCACACAGCAGGGUAACAUUCUUCGGUCUGUGUUUACUGUAUCAAUCUUUCUUUAAUUUUGCAUUCCCCUCUAGGCUUUGUGACGCAGGAAGCAGUUUGCGGCUGUGGUGCCUUGCAUCGACUUUAAAAUCGCCAUGAAUCACAGAUGGCUAUUUAGUGGCCCUACAAUGCUGCACAUCAUCAGCUUACAUUUCACCCUUUUGUUGUCGUUUUUGUGUUGCACAGUUGUUUGAUAGGACCUUUAGCAUCAUCCAGCUUAGACGUCAAGCGUUCCUGCUUGCACUGCUUUCUUUGAUUUUAGAGCACUAGAUGUAGGCUUUUAUUUAAUUUUAUUUUUUGUGAAAAUAGAGGUUAAGGAGCAGUUUCUGCUCUCCAUGAAACAUUAUAUGUAUGAUAAUGAAAGAAGCGCCAAUAGCCUUACUAAAAAUGAAAUAAUCUUCAAAGAUAUAUAUAUAUAUAUUUACUGUGUGGAAAGUGAAUAGUAGAUUACUACUUCAAAUGGCGAUCUGCAAAGCGUCAGGUCAAUAAAUGUUUAAAAAAAAUAA